UCUGUCUACUCCCUGGACUGCAGCUUGGGCCCACAGCACGAUCUAUGGCCUCUUAUCUUAUUAAUGCAUGUUGUUGCAGGAGCUGUUUGAAGAAAAUCAGGACACCGGGGAUUGUGAAGCUGGUUUUAAUGGAGCAACUGCGCCACCAUAUGGACCACCGUAUAAUGACAAGCACUGCGGGGGCAAGCUAAAACAAAUGGGAAAUGCAAUUCAAACUUGAUUCGUUGAUCUACUGGUCAACGUUUAGUGGCGUGGAUCGCAGUAGGAGAUCCAACGGGAGACCCGGAUCUACUCUAAGCGGCUCUAGGAGGAAAGAGGGAGGGACUGAGGGGGGGGGGGAUCCUACCUCAGACGCCUGCCAUGGCUGCAGCGGUGUGGACUGACCGAGGGAGGAAGGCUGCGGCUGUUGUGGGGACAGCGACGAGGUCCAGAUCCAGUCACGCCGCUUUAAAGUCCCAGUAUGACGCGCUGGUCGUCGGAGGAGGACACAAUGGACUGGUGGCGGCCGCCUAUCUUCAGAGGGGAGGACUGAAGACGGCGGUGCUGGAGCGUAGACAUGUGCUGGGAGGAGCAGCUGUUUCAGAGGAGAUCUUCCCUGGUUUCCACUUCUCCAGGUGCUCCUAUUUGCUCAGUUUGUUACGACCCCACAUAUACACAGACCUGGAGCUCAAGAAACAUGGGCUGAAGGUGUAUAUGAGAGACCCCCAUGCUUUCACCCCUAUGUUGGAGGAGGGGGUGAAAGGUGCUCCACCGAGGUCUCUCACCCUGGGCUCAGAUCCGGCCAUGAACCAGAUGGAGAUCGGCAAAUUUUCCCAGAAGGAUGCUAAGGCUUUUCCGGCUUUUUUUGCACACCUUGAGAAGCUAGCAGGAGCUAUCCACCCUCUCUUGGAUGCUCCUCCGGUUGACAUUCCAGGUGUCACCGCUGGAUCACUGAGAAAGAGGCUGGGUGCAGCCAAAACACUGAUGCCCCUCGUCAAAUGUGGUCUGAAACUGGGCAGAAACAUUCCCGACUUUUAUGAGAUUAUAACUGCUCCAAUAAUGAAGAUUCUCAAUCGGUGGUUUGAGUCGGAGCCACUGAGAGCGACACUGGCUACUGAUGCUGUGAUAGGAGCCAUGACCAGUCCAAGUAAUCCUGGUAGUGGGUACGUGCUCUUACAUCAUGUGAUGGGAGAGUUGGAGAAGGAAAAAGGAGCAUGGGGUUAUGUGGAGGGAGGCAUGGGAGGCGUGUCUCAGGCUAUUGCUAGUGCUGCUCGAUCCUUCGGUGUAGACAUUUUCACUGAGAAGGAUGUAGGACAGAUCCUGGUUGGUUCAGAUGGUGCUGCCAAGGGAGUGGUGUUAAAGGACGGCACAGAGAUCUCCAGUAAAGUUGUUUUAUCAAAUGCUACCACAUAUGUCACCUUCAAGAACCUCACGCCACAGGCUGCUCUCUCUCCAGAGUUCAUCAAAGCCGUAGACCAGAUAGACUACACAUCACCUGUUACCAAGAUCAAUGUGGCAGUGGACAAGCUACCAAACUUCCUAGCGUCUCCCACACCAGAUGAUAAACCUGGACCCCACCAUCAGUGCUCCAUUCAUCUCAACUGUGAAAGCGUAGAGGUCCUGGAGACUGCAUACAAAGAGGCCAUGAAUGGACGUCCCUCAGUAAGACCCAUGCUGGAGAUGACCAUCCCCUCCGUGUUGGAUCCUACUCUGGCUCCCCCCGGCUGCCACGUUGUGUCAUUGUUCACCCAAUUCACCCCCUACCACAUUGACGGCAGGGAGUGGACUGACCAGGACCGAGAGGCCUUCGCAGACACUGCAUUUGACUGGGUGGAGCAAUACGCCCCUGGGUUUAAAAAGUCCGUCGUGGGAAGGGACAUCCUGGCACCACCUGACCUGGAGAGGAUCUUUGGGCUCACUGGAGGGAAUAUCUUUCAUGGCUCAAUGUCACUGGACCAGCUCUACCUCGCACGACCUUUGCCCUUUCUCUCAGACUACCGUUCACCAAUUAAAGGGCUAUAUCUGUGUGGCAGUGGCUGUCAUCCAGGCGGUGGUGUGAUGGGUUCUCCCGGAUGGAACGCAGCGCUCACAGUCAUGGCUGACCUGAAACGUCACUGAAACAUCUGACAGCCUCAGUGUGUGGUCCGCUCAACAAGGUUCAAUGUCUCCUUUGUCUGAUUUGUGUGGAUUUGACUGGUUCGAGCAAUACAUGUCCUACACUCACUCCAACUAUCUAUUUGAUCAGGCGUCUUUCCACCAUAUUAUGUUGUGCAACCUGUUUGUAAGUAUAUCUGAAAAGACAAAAAGGGGAUUAAUGGUUUGUUUACUAAUACAACUGACAUGGGAUGCAAGAGACAGGGAGAGACUAAAUAAAACAGGCUUUCAAGCUCUUUAUAUUGGAUACUGAUAUUAAACAUUUGUGCAAUACUUCCUCACAAAAUCCUGGUGUGACACCACUUUUGAAAUCAUUUAACCGAGCCAGCAGAAAAUCACAGAAACAGCACCAACACAACAUUAAUGCUGAAGAAAAAUGCAAGUUUAGAAUAACUUAACAUUUCUUAAUGAAAUGAACUAAGAGUGUUAGUGUAAUCAAGGGAAUGACGCACAAUGGAACUUUUUACAACUUUGUAUGAAUAAAUUCAAAUGA